AUGACCAUCAUCUCAUUGGUGGCGAUUCCUGUCCUGGUUCUCUUUUUUGCAGCUACCUAUGGGAAAAACAUAUUCAAUUGUAUUUCAAAAACAUUGAAUCAUUAUGGUCUUUGGCGAAAGGAAAAUGCCAACAGCCCGUCCGACGUCAAACGCCUGGCACCGUAUCCAGCGCAGCCGAUCAGAGGUCGGGAACGAUAUCGGGUCAUGAUGGACAUCCGCAAGCUGGAUGUCCAAAAUUGGCUCACUCUGGAUAGAAACUAUAUGGAGGAGCACCGAGUACGCGAUCAACUCCUGCGUGAAAAGCGAGAAAAGGUGAUUCGCUGCCUGCCAGAGUCGGGAGAAGCGUGUCGAGAGGCUCUGGAAGAAGUGUCUGGAUUUCUCUGUGGAAGAUUUCCGAACAUGUUUCAAAAGCUCGAACGUGAAGGCCAAGAAAUAAUUCACAAUUGCAUGACUGGAGAAGAGUUCGUCCUGGGCGGCUCCGACCCUCUUAAGGCAAAUAUCGAUGCACUUGAGGCGGCAGUUCGCCUAACCAUGGAGGAUCUUAGUGUUUUGAUGAUCAAUGAGGACGAGGAAUAUUACCUGGCCGCCAGUGCAAGUCUCUUCCCAACGGGGUGGACAGUUGAGGAACGAAUUGGAUGGACGAUCUCGCAGCUCCAUGGACCUGUUCCUUUAUGGCAUCAGCAAGUUGCCAAUUCUGUGAGCAAGUUUCUCGCCCGCCUGACCCCUAACUCGCCAAUGGAGCGAUCAAACUACUUUAUUGAGGUCAAGCGACCAGACGAAGAUCUAUUCGAAAUUUUAUAUCGGCCAAAGGGGCUCUGUGAAAAAGAAAUCAUUGACCCAUCCCCUGAAGAAAUCAUCAUUCGACGCGAGAGACAAACAUUUCGUCGGAUGCCUCGAACGGGCACCAUUCUGUUUGGCGUGAAAACCUAUCUCACUACCCUUGACCAACUUCCAAUGCAGGAGCUGGAGAACCUUGCCAAGGAAAUGAAAAGUUGGCCUGACUAUGUUGGGGACUAUAAAGGUAAAGGUGUUUGGGGUGCAAAAGUGCUGGAAUUCUACAAGAGUCGUUGUGAGACAUCUGCAAUCGAGGAUCAUUGCAAGAUGGAAGUUUGA